GACACUGAAGUGACCGCUCUUAUGGGCAAACAUCAAAACUCAUAACCAAAUCAUAUCAAGUACAAUAAUCACAACAUACUUAGAUUAAAACUUCAGAGAAAAACUACAUAUAUAAAAAUGUCAACUUCUACGGCAACAGUCGUGGAAUCCACAGCGGUUAUUUCAGCUACCGCCGCAGCCGCCAGUUCUGCUAUUCAACAUCUAUCGUCCAUAUCGUUAAUGCUCGAGUACGACAUUGACAACACACUAAACACAAUCAAAGAGAAUGGCGUCCAUAUGAUACAACAACAGCAGCAGCCGCAAAAGAAGAACAUGAAUGAAUUGCCGAAAGCUCAUGCGAAAAUCUUAUCAGCAACAAUGACCGCCGAAAGUGAUAACAAUAUGAUGUUGCAACAAUACAAUAACUCUUCGGACAACAAUACUUCAGAAGCUUUAAAAGAUAUCAAACAUGUGCUGCCACCAACACCACCCGCCACGCCCAAUUUGGCAAAUACUGCGCGUAAACGCUGGAAGAUUUUGGCCAAGGUGUUGCGAAAGGACUCAGAGGAAACUGUGUCCUCAUCGGGUGAAGAGUUUGGCGAAGAGCAAACAGCGUCGGUGCGUCGAUUUAAGUCUUUCGAUUUGCUGCGUCAGGACAGCUUCGAAGACCACAUGUCAUUGAGUUGUCUGAGCAAACCGGAGAAUUGGUACAAAUACAGCGUGCUGCUCGAUGGAGAGGGGCAGCAAGAGUUCACUGUUAAUAUACAUCACGUGGAGCGUCACUUAACCGCUAGUGAUCUAAUGGGUUUCAACAAUACCGGCAAUAUUUGUGUGUGGCCCUCAGAAGAAGCAUUAACCGCAUAUGUUUUGUCCAACUUGAAUGCAUAUAGUGACAAAUGGAUACUGGAGUUGGGUGGCGGAUUUACAUGUCUAGCCGGGUUGAUGCUCUCCAAGUACGCCAAACCAUAUGCGGUGCAUUUGACCGACGGCAAUGAGGUAUCCGUGGAGAAUGUGAAGAAGACUGUGUGCUUGAAUGAGCUGUCCUGCUACACCAAGUGCUCGGUGCUAAAGUGGGAGGAUGUGGGAGCGCGUGAAAUGGCUGAGGCUGGAAAAUUCGAUGUAAUCCUGUCAGCUGAUUGCUUAUUCUUCGAUGAAGCACGUUCAUCGCUGGUAGAGACUAUAUGGUAUUAUUUGACACGAACAGGUGAGGCGCUAAUAAUGGCACCAAGACGCGGUAAAACCAUGGCGAUGUUUGUAGCUGAAUGCGAGCGAAGGGGAUUCCAAGUGGAGAUAACACAGCGCUACAAUGAUACAAUAUGGAAGCGGCAUGAAGAAUUGUUGACAUCUUCGGAAUUGUAUGAUGAAGAUUUACAUUAUCCGGUAUUGCUGCGACUGCGUAAGCCCGCAAUGUGAUAGAAAAUAAUCGGACCAAUUGAUUAUCUAAAAAAGAUUUACAUACUGUAGUCAUAGCUUUAUGAACCAAUUUUGUAAUAUGUAUUCCAAAAAUUCCAAGCGCCUAAAUAUUCCGAAAAAAUAACAAAUUAUUAUAUUAAAGAAAACUGUAUAUCGUUCAAAAGUUUGUACAUUUUUAAAGUGCUUUAGAAGCGCAAACAAGAUGGUAAAUGCUUUAAUAUAAAUAGUAUAGAUACAAGUUCGAAUAGCCUUUCCUACUUGAGCAUAGAUACUACUUGAACAAGUAGACCCAGUAGUUUAAGAUUCUAAGCCUUUCCUAACUGAUGGAACAAAGAAUGAAAUGUGAGAAAUAAACCCUUGCUUAACAAGGUAACUGUUCUCUUGACCGUUGUUCCAAAAAAAAACUAUUAAUUAUUUUAUUAAAGCAAACUAUUUCCAUAGAGGAAUAAACUUAAAUUUUGUUAUGGUGUACCUUUAUCUAUGUUUGCUUGUUUAAGCCUCUUUCGUUUCCUAUUUAAGUGCUCCUAAAGAUCUCCUAUCUGUCUUUGUAUCCUUGUGCUGUGUCCUAGUACCAAAAAAAGUAUUAUUUUUGUGUUAUCUUCUAGAUUUACAAACACAUAUUGAUUCAUAUGUAGGUGUAAUAGUAAAUAAGCGAGAAAUUUUAUGAAAUUUGUUUAUGCUGUUAAG